AGACAGCGGGCAGCAGGCGCUGCAGGAGCAGCUCCGGUGCAGGCAAGGGCACGGCACAUGCGGCGGCUUCUGGACGGUGCGAUGGCUGGACGCAGGUGACUUCCGAUCUGCAGACGAGAGGAGAAGAUGAAGGAAGAUUGUCCGUCCAGCUCUCAAGUGCCCAUCAGCGAUAGCAAAUCCAUUCAGAAGUCAGAGCUCUUGAGCCUGCUGAAAACCUACAACUGCUACUAUGAGGGCAAAAGCUUUCAAUUGAGACACAGAGAGGAAGAAGGGGCUCUGAUCAUCGAGGGGCUGCUCAGCAUUGCCUGGGGACUCAGGAGGCCCAUCCGGCUGCAGGUGCAGGAUGACCGGGAGCGAGUACACCUCCCCUCAGCUUCGUGGGAGCCCGGAGGGCCCAGUUGCCACAUAAAGGAGCCACCUCCCCAGGAUGGCAGGGUCACUGCCCAGGAGCCAGGCACUCAGCCAGUAGACAAGGCCAAGAGUUCCAGAGAUAGCUCAGAGCCCCUGGAGGAGGACGAGGAGACCCCACAGCUGAUGCGCACCAAGAGCGACGCCAGCUGCUCAAUCCAGAGGCGGCCCAAGUGCCGUGGGCCCGGCGAGGCCCAGCGCAUCCGGAGACACCGGUUCUCCAUCAACGGGCACUUUUACAAUCACAAGACCUCCGUGUUCACUCCAGCCUACGGGUCCGUGACCAAUGUAAGGGUCAACAGCACCAUGACAACCCUUCAUGUGGUCACCCUGCUGCUGAACAAGUUCAGGGUGGAAGAUGGGCCCAGCGAGUUUGCCCUCUACAUCGUUCAUGAGUCUGGGGAGAGGACAAAAUUAAAAGACUGUGAGUACCCGCUAAUUUCUAGAAUCCUACAUGGGCCAUGUGAGAAGAUUGCCAAGAUAUUCCUGAUGGAAGCCGACUUGGGCGUGGAAGUGCCCCAUGAAGUCGCUCAGUACAUUAAAUUUGAAAUGCCGGUGCUGGACAGUUUUGUUGAAAAAUUAAAAGAAGAGGAGGAAAGAGAAAUAAUCAAACUGACCAUGAAGUUCCAAGCCCUGCGUCUGACGAUGCUGCAGCGCCUGGAGCAGCUGGUAGGGGGCGAGUAGUCAGCCCCUGCCUCUCUGAAGGCCCCAGCAGUAACAGGUACACCUGAGCUCCAGUGGCCGGGCUCUAGCUGGUCACACUGAUGACAGCCACUGCUUGAGCAAUCUAGUGCCUGUUCUCCUGCCUAUCUGAAGCCCAAGUACUGUGAGUCUCACAGCCCUAGCUCUCAGCCUCAGGGCAAGCACUCACAGGGAGCAGACCCAGGGCACCAGAUGGGAUCUGCAUGGCCAGCCUUGUCCGCAACAUACCUGUCCUGCUCAGAACAGUACCUGACACAGCACCUGCGACACGGGCUUCAACUACUUCCUCAGUGUCUCUCUCAGAGCCCCUGCAGGGCCACAAGCCCCGUCUUCAUCUUUCACAUGAACCAUGAAAUUCCUGUGCCCUUAUGUCAUGCUGCCUUGCUCGAACUCUGUUGGGAAAAGUAGAGACUGCCAGCAGGUAUGGGACAUGCCCUGCUCCCAGCCAUUCGUCCACAGCAUGCCCAGCCUCCAAGCCUCUGCCAUUACUCCAUGAGCUUAACACAAUCUGGUGCCUUGGUGCCAAGGUGAGAUCGGGAAGAAGACCAUCUUCUCACUGCAGAAAUCAGUCUGCAUCAGCAAGACUCAAAGGAAUCCUUAUGAGAAGCUUGCUGCAAAAAACCACAAAUCAAUCACAUUGAGGGGGUGGUUCACAUGGAUGGUAGGGGCACUGCCCCCCUGUGGAUGCCCCGCAGCAGCUCCCACAGGCAGUGUUCAGCCCCCAUCCCCACUGUCCUCUGGACACCUGUGUGCCUCUUGCCCUCUCUGGGCUUACAUUCCUCUCCUAUAGUGGGCAGGGGACAACCCUCAGCAAGUCUCCUCAGGGAGAAUG